UGUUUUCCAGGAAAGAAAGAAAAAAAAAAAAAGAGAGAAGGAAAGCAGUCUUCCUUCGCUUUGGAAGCCGAAAAUAUUAUUCUCUUCCAUCACCCUAAUUUGCCGUCAAAAUUACACGGGAGAACGGAGAGCGUUGAAGCUAAGCAAAGAAGUUGGAAUGAGAUCCACUAAAGUUCUAGUGUUUGCCAACCAUGUUCACUAGCUUGUUCAAUUAAUUCGAUGUGCUCAUAUCCAUAUUUUUACAAUACAUCUUGGAACUAUUCACUAUUUGGGCAUAAAUAGAGGAGAUGGCUGAAGGAUUAUCUAGCUUUUGGGGUCCAGUCACAUCCACGAUUGAGUGUUGUGAGACCAAUUAUUCCCGCUCGUCUUAUAUUGCGGAAUUUUACAACACCCUAUCGAACAUUCCAGCUAUCAUUUUGGCACUUGUGGGCCUUAUAAAUGCAUUAAGACAACGGUUCGAGAAGAGAUUCACAGUUCUUCACAUAUCUAAUAUGAUACUUUCUAUUGGAAGCAUGUUAUAUCAUGCUACAUUGCAACGAGUGCAACAGCAAGGUGAUGAAACCCCUAUGGUAUGGGAGAUGCUCUUAUAUAUGUACAUUCUCUACUCACCUGAUUGGCACUAUCGAAGCACAAUGCCCACCUUCCUUUUCCUCUAUGGUGCUCUCUUUGCUGUUUUGCAUGCAGUGAUACGAUUUGGUACUGGCUUCAAGGUGCAUUAUGUGAUCUUAUGCCUCCUUUGCAUUCCUCGAAUGUACAAGUACUACAUUCACACUGAGGACAUGUCUGCUAAGCGGCUUGCAAAGCUCUAUGUAGCAACUCUUUUUCUAGCUACCAUGUUUUGGCUAUGUGAUCGGCUUUUCUGUAAGCAGAUAUCAGGUUGGCCCGUCAACCCCCAGGGUCAUGCCUUGUGGCACAUCUUCAUGGGUUUUAACUCGUACUUUGCAAACACAUUCUUGAUGUUUUGCCGUGCCCAACAACGGGGUUGGGCUCCAAAAGUUGGCCAUUUCAUGGGGUUUUUGCCUUAUGUGAAGAUCGAAAAGCCUAAAACGCAAUGACAGAAUAAAGAUUAUGUUUUCUACUUCUAAUUCAAUGCAUGGAAGUCCAAGAAGGUUUUUAUCGCACAAGAUAGGUAGUCAGUCAAGUUUUUUGCUAUUCUGGUUGGAGCUAAAGAAUGUUGAAUCUGCUUUUGAGCUGGCAUCAAAUUUUCAUUGUAAAAGUAGGAUAUGUACAAUAUUUUAUAUCCUGUUUUGAGUUUUGGCCUUUUGGGCAGUCAGUACUAGAUGCUUUUAUGGUUGAUUACUUAGAUUAUUUUUUUGAAAGUCUGCUUUAUAAACAUGAGAUGUAUGAAAUUGUUUUCGAACUCUUUCAUGGAAUUGUUUCUUAUUAUGUCAGUUAUGCUCGUUUGGUAGGAUAACUGUAAAUUUACAAAUUUGUUUUCCU